AUGGCUAGAGCCAACACCGCGGACAACCUGGCCUCGACGAUCUUGUCAAAAUGUAGACCCAGCCCACGACCCAGCCUACGACCGUCCCAGCGGGAGCAAAGGGCCGUCCAUAGUGUUAAUGCUGCAGCCGGUCGUAUCACCUCGGGUGCCACAACUUCCCCCUCUGGAUAG